AUGGAAAAGGCUUAUCCAUUGAGUACUCCAAUGGUUGUUCGAGCACUUGAUAUUCAGAAAGAUCCAUUUCGUCCACCUGAAGAAGGAGAAAUCAUUCUUGGUCCAGAAACUCCGUAUCUAAGUUCAAUUGGCGCAUUAAUGUAUCUUGUAUAUAAUACAAGACCUGAUAUAGCCUUUGUAGUAAAUCUUCUAGCAAGAUACAGCUUUACACUAACACAAAGACGUUGGAAAGGAGUGAAGAAUGUGCUUCAUCAUUUACAAGGAACUACAGGUCUAGGCUUAUUUUAUUUACAUGAAUCUUCAUCUAAUCUCACAGGCUUCGCUAAUACUGAGUAUCUGUUUGAUCCUCUCAAAGGGCGAUCUCAGACUAGAUACAUAUUCUCUUACAAUAGUACAGCUAUUAUAUGGCGUUCCACUAAAAAAACUCUUACAACUACUUUAUCAAAUCAUGCUGAAAUUCUAGCCCUCCAUGAAGCAAGUCGCGAAUGCCAGUGGUUACGAUCCAUGAUUGGACAUACACAGUCAUCAUGCAAAUAA